AUGAUUAAAGGUGUCUAUUCGUUGGAAUGCAUACAAUGGACCUCUUCUCGAGACGGAAAAUAUAGAUCUCAUUGCUACGAAUAUCUUCAAGAAACCAGGAAUUCAACCUUUGAAGCCGAGGCAACUUGUAAGAUGUCAGGCGGACAACUAGCCCCCUUUGUUGAUGAAUUCCAGUUCAAUUUUUGGCGAGACUUUCUACCUACGGUUAGGAGUGAAAUCAUAAUUGGAGUCAAUGAUUUGGUUCAGGAAGGCGUCUGGACGUCAUUUGAUGGGACCCCAGUCGAUAAUCUCCCUUGGAAUCCACGUCAGCCGAAUGGCGAUAGAGAUCAAAACUGUGUGGUGAUCAAUGCCGAACCACCAGGAUAUUCAGUUGGAGAGCCAUUUAAACUGCAAGAUAAAGAGUGUUCCGAGACUUUUGAUGGGUUUCUCUGCUAUAGGGAUGCUCUGUGCUUUACAAACUGCGAAUGGAGAUGCAGGACUGAUUGUUUCUGGUUUAUUUCACAAAAAGCAAAUUGGACUUUUCAUGGCGCAAACGCUCAAUGCAAAGAACAGGAUGGUGUUCUGGCCUCUGUGGCAAGUUUGAAGGAAUUCGAAUUUCUAAAAAACGCUUUUCUUGGCUUUCAAACAUAUAUGGGCAUAAGAUCAGCUUGGCUGGGUGUUCACUUCAUUGACGGUCAGUACCGUAAUGUGAAUGGAGACGAUUUUCCGGUUGAUGUCCUUAAUGUUACUAGUGACCCGCCAGAAGACUCGUGUUUACAGUUCGGUCAGAAAUCGGUCUUAUAUAAUGAUUUAUACUCCUUUCAUUCCUGUGACACAUCCGGAUCCAUGGCUGGAAUUUGCACCAGAAGCAAGCUUGGUUUUCGCUGGUACACAGAGAAAAACUCUACGAGUGAUGCGUACAUCAGAAAUGCUCUGCAGAUUGACAAAUCGGAAACAACUACGGAAAUUAUAAAGCGUACCAGUGCCUCUGAUGGGCGAGCUUCUUCCACCGGAAUUGGAUGUGUCGGUGUGUCUGUAAUAGUAGCUGUGAUGGCGUUCGUGGUUAUCUUAGAUUGUGGUCAACGACAAAAAAUCGAUGGAAAGAAAAAAAGAAAGCGACAUAUUCAUAACAUCAGCCAUAAUAAUGAAAAUAUCAGAGGCAGGAGCAAAAUGACAACAAAAGUAUAA